CCGUUAUGCUUAUUUUCGCUGUUGGGCACUGUGUGUUGAUUGUCUUGCAAUUCACCCCCAUGUUGCUGCUUGAGCCCAUUGGUAUCUUCUGUAUCAGGUCACUUCUUCUAAGACCUUUAUAGCACUUAUAUCCAUCCAAAUCUGGAUGCAGUGCAGGACCCUUACCUGACUAACACCUCUUGUUCGCUCUAUCGCUCCACUUCCUAUUAUCAGUAUCCUGCCAUAUAAUUCAGCCAGAGCUUUGCAAAUCAUAAUCGCGCCGGGACCCCCGCUCUUGUGAUUGUUUGCUUCCUACUCUUAUUCCCUCCCUUCAGCGCCGGGACGCGCAUUGAACUGUACCUCCUGCACUCACUGCUGCCCGAUUUUACGUAUAGGGCGCAUUCGCAAAUCCUCCUGAUUCUGUUGCUCUUGUCGUUCCCUAAGUGCCUCAACGUUGAAAAAUCCUUUUGAGGACGACGGCUUCGUCACUCAGAGCCCGUUUCGGCUUCGCCCACGCCAGCACAGCGCCUUGCGCUUUGCGCCUUAGCGAACCUAUCGCUGAUUCUCCACCAUGUCGAUCUCUUCAGGAGUCACGGAGUCAUGGAUAACUGCGUUUUGCUCCCUCAUGGGACAUGAGUAUUUUGCGGAGGUUUCCGAAGAAUUCAUCGAGGAUGAUUUCAAUUUAACGGGACUGCAAUCGCAGGUUCCAAAGUUUAAGGAAGCUCUGGAGAUGAUAUUAGAUGUGGAGCCGGAGGAUGACGAAGAUGAAGACGAUGACGAAUAUGAUGAGGAUGAAGAUGCUAUACUAGGCGACGACCGUGACUAUAUAAGAUCAAGUGAGCGAAGGCAUGUAAGAGUUGCGAGUGACCUCAGCGCUAUCGAAACCUCAGCAGAACUUCUAUACGGGCUGAUCCACCAACGUUACAUCACAUCACGCCAGGGUAUUCAACAAAUGUUGGAAAAAUAUGAACGUCAAGAUUUUGGAGUUUGCCCACGAGUUUUUUGCAAUGGAUGCAGGGUUCUACCGGUUGGACGAACAGACACCCCUGGACUUGACACUGUCAAAUUAUAUUGUCCGAGCUGCCAGGAUCUAUACACACCUCCAAACAGCCGAUUUCAAACUGUUGAUGGCGCAUUUUUUGGCACAACAUUUGGAUGUCUUUUCUUUAUGACGUUCCCCGAACUUGACGUUUCAGGCCCAGCGGACGGACCCGUGACCAGUCUGCCGGCGGCAGGCAGCGGUAAAACGCCACAGGGUGCGGCGGGACAGCCAAUCCAGAUCAACGGCGUGAUGACAGAUAAUUUGGCCCCCGGACUAGGACAAGGCAAAAUAUAUGAACCAAAAAUAUAUGGAUUUAAAGUCUCAGAACGUGCCAAAUCAGGCCCGCGAAUGAAAUGGUUGAGAAUGAAGCCGGAAGAUAUACAUGAACUCGAUGAAAGUGCUAUUUACCACGCAGCCCGUCGUGACUCGGGCGACGCUGAUGGUGAUACGGAAAUGGGAGCUGUGGACCCUCAGCAGGCUGCGAUUAACCGACGGAAGAAGGCGCCAAUCCGGAAACGAAGAGUUGGCACUUCUGCGGCUGCUGGAUCGAUGAAUAAAAAUGGGGCUGGCGAAGCGGGAUAGCAAGGAGUGUUCGGUUUAUAUCUACCCACUCACGAUAUUAUCCACCGUUUCCGAACACCUGGGUUUUGAUAAGUUAUUGGUUUAGGCUGAAGAAAUGUGUCACCUCUAAUCGGCAUCCCGCCGAACGAAGCAUCUAUACGCUCUUCUGCAUUUCCACCCGCUCUUCUUUACCUUUUUUUUUUUUCUUUUUUUGGUGUUGCGUUGAUUGAGCAUUCUUGGGAAGAGGGAAAAAAUACAUGUCAUCAUGAACCAUAGGACUGUUUAAAGCAAUUUUCUAUUACUAUGACGUAUUCUGCUUUCUUUUGAUGAUUCAUCGCGGCUCUGAUCAGAAUAUUCCGAAGAAGGAUCUCUCCAUUCUGUUGGUUUUAGACGGUGCUUGAAGAUUUUGUCCAAACUUUCGCCAGGCCUAAUGGAAGAAUUUUCAUUUUUUUUUGUCAA